AUAGGAAUCACCGGAUGUGGUUCAAGUUCUCCUUGGUUCACGUGCCCUUCACAUCCUUAGUUCUGACAGCAAAGCAUCCCAUAAUAAUUUAACUAUGGCAGCUCAGGUCACUGAAUCAGAUCAGAUUAAACAGUUUAAAGAAUUUUUGGGCACCUACAACAAACUGACAGAAAACUGCUUUAUGGAUUGUGUAAAAGAUUUCACUACAAGAGAAGUCAAACCAGAAGAGACCACGUGCUCUGAGAGCUGCUUACAGAAGUACCUGAAAAUGACACAGAGGAUCUCCAUGCGUUUCCAGGAAUAUCACAUCCAGCAAAAUGAAGCAUUGGCUGCUAAAGCUGGCUUGUUAGGACAGCCGCGGUAAUCAACCGCUAUUACAAUGGACUCCAAACCAGUACGCCACUCUUUCAGUGUGGAGAAGGGGUCUCCAAACUGGACCCCGCAGAGGACAGAGACAUGGGUGAAAGCGUGAGAAGUCCUCUGAGCUCCAUCACAUCUUCAGAUAAUGGGGGUUUCCUUUCAACAAGGACAGAUACUCUAAUAUUGAUGGAUGCAGAUACUGAUUUGUUGACAUGCUACAAAAUAUUCUCACUUAUUGAGUUUAUUACUGUAUGUAAUUUAACUGAAGAAAUAAAUGUGUUUAAGAACGGUGAACUUUUAAGUUUUCCAUUUUUUUGUUAUAUUUCCUGGGCAAAUUGUCAUCAAAGAUUGGCAGACAUUGAAGCCAUUUAGAUGUUUUGUAUUGUGACAUUGGUUUCCUCAAUUAAGCAUUUAUUUUAAAAUCAGUUGUCUUUUAUUUGUCAUUUUUAUAUAAUGUAGCAUUUCAUUAUACUUCAAAACUUACUUGUACAGCAAUGAGAAUCAUUACUGCCGAAAAAAAUUACACACAAAAGAU